AUCCGCGAAACCCGUUGCACUGGCCGGCUGGCGUCAGUUUUUUUUUUGUUGGUGUUUUCAAUAAUUUAAAUCACCGCAUCGAUCGAUGUUUUAAAGUGCUUGCAUCAGUUUGAUCAAUUGAUCGUUUCAUGAGUACUACAGUGUUUUUUCGUAGAUACGUUUAAAAUGGACAGGCCGUAACUUUUUCAAGUAUAACCUCGUGCGCUUGUGCGUGUAAUGCAGCGCAGCAACUGAAAAUGUUUGUUUUCAUUGGAUAAUUCCAGGAGAGACAACAGUUUUUAAGUAUUAUAAAUUACAAAUUGUAACUUUGUUUUAGAGAAUCCAUUCGUUAUUGAUACUUUUUAAUCAUGCCAACAAAGAAGAAAAUUGAAAUUUCCAAGGAGGACUGCAUAGAAAAUUUGAGAAAUGAAAUUAUAUGUAGAGACUCUCUCAUAGGACAAUUGUACUCAUUAUUGGCUGACGAGCCUUUGUUUUCUAGUAUAUUUAUUUAUGGUCAUAUCUCUACUGGCAAAUCUUUGAUAGUGGAUAAAGUUUUGAAUUACAUGAGAUAUAAUUAUUCAAUCAUUAAUUGCAUUGAACAUGCCAAUAGCAGAAGUUUACUGGAAAAAAUAUUGAUUGACCUUUCUAAGGUAAAGUUAACUGCAGAUAAUAACUAUAAAUUAGAAAGAAGGUGCGAUGAUUUCACUGAAUUUAUUUAUCAAAUACAAGAAAUUACUAAGAGAGACAAGAGGCCUAUGAUUGUUGUUUUAGAAAAAUGUGACAAAUUGCGUGAUAUGGAUGCAAAUCUACUGCCUGCAUUGUUAAAAUUGAAUGAAUUAACUAAAACUAACAUUUGUUCAAUUCUUACAUCAGAUGUUAUUUGGGACAAAUUUAAGCCAAAAGAUGGUCUUUACGAACCUAUUCAACUUCAUUUUCCUCAAUAUAACAAAGAUGAAAUCAAUGAAAUCUUGCUUCAUACCACAAAACCAAUGGAUGAGGAUGAUACAUUUUAUGACGGCUAUUUGAGAACAUUUCUAGCUGUAUUCUUCCAAUUUUGUAAUGAUUUAAAAGAACUUCGUUAUAUGGCAAGAAAAAACUUUGAAGAGUAUGUCAAGCCUGUUAAUGAAGGUAAAAUUAAAAAAACUAACCAACGUGCCUUAUGGAACAACAUUAUCAAAGUAUUCAAAGCUAAUCUUGAAGUCCUAUAUUUACGUGUAUCAACGGAUGAUUUUGAACAACAAGCUAAAUUUUUGCAUGAAAUUGAAUCAACUACUAAACUAGCUUUGAGUUUUGAGUUACCAUACUAUGCAAAAUAUCUGCUCAUAGCUGCAUUUUUAGCAUCUUAUAAUCCUGCAAAAGAAGAUAGAAGACUUUUCUUAAAAGAAAAAGUAGAGAAAAAGAAAAGAAAAACUGCAAAGAAAAAGAGCGUCACGUUGACAUUGAAGGAGGGCCCAAAAAUAUUUCCAUUAUGCAGACUGCUUGCUAUUUUUUGCGCCAUAAUUAAUUCUAAAAUUGAUUUGAAUGCAGUAUUAUUAAUGCAAGUUCAAUCUUUGUGCCAACUAGGUUUAAUAACUGCGGUUGGAGAUAGCAAUAACAUAGAUGAACCCAAGUACAAGUGUUGUGUGGACUUUGACUUUGUCAUGGUCAUUUCAAAGAACGUUGGCUUUGAACUGAAAAAUUAUUUGUGUGAUUUUUUGGAUGGUUAAUAGAGUUUUUUUGACUCUUAGGUAAAAAGUUGUACAUUUAUAAUCAUGCUAUUGAUAAAUUGAUACUUGCAGCUAAAAAUUUUGUACGAUAAUUAUUGUUAAGUUUGUAAAUCUGAU